GUUUCGAUGGGCAGCUGACAAUUGAGCGACUGCCCUAGUUUUUAAUGUGCCAUGAUAUAAACGUUGCUAGAUAGCAUAAAGACAUUUUUUAACGUGAUACCGUGUGUUCUCGAUGGGUGCCGCAGAAAGCACCGAAGGGGAAAGGGAGCCUUUGCUGGUUCCAGCCCAGCCGGCGACAAACACCACAAGCACUCAGCCUGUUUUCAGCAGGGUGUACGGGAGACGAUGGUUUGUUCUCACUAUGUUUUCAUUGUUGGGUUUUAUGCAAGGACUCGUGUGGAACACCUGGGGCCCGAUCCAGAACUCAGCCAAACAUGUGUUCGAGUUCUCAUCGACAGAUAUCGCCAUUCUGGUGCUCUGGGGUCCAGUAGGUUACCUGCCCUGGCUGCUCUUUAUGUGGCUGAUGGACAAGAAAGGUUUACGAGCAUCUUUGUUACUGUCAGCGUUCUUCAUGGUGCUGGGCGCAGCGUUACGAAGCGUGCCCCUUAAAGACCUGUACUACAGACGCUGGAUGAUUCAUGGAGGUCAACUUCUAAAUGGUUUAGCUGGUCCUACUGUUAUGAGUGCCGCCCCUCUUCUCUCUACUACUUGGUUUGCUCCUGAUCAGAGAGCUACAGCCACCGCUAUUGCAUCACUAAUCAGUUACCUGGGAUCAGCCUGUGCCUUUCUGAUUGGUCCACUGGCCGUCCCUGCACCCAAUGACACUGAGAAAUUGGGAAACGUCAUCUACUGGAACCAAAACCACAUAGGAAACAGGAUACAGUUUGUUCUUUACACAGAGUUUGGGAUGAUUGCAGCACUUUUCGUGGCUGUGCUGUUCUACUUCCCGUCCAGGCCCCCGAUCCCUCCUAGCGUGGCAGCGGCUAGUCAGCGUCUCAGCUACAGGAGCAGCAUCUGCAGACUGCUGAGCAACAUGCGUUUCCUGAUGAUAGCACUCGCCUACUCCGUGCCCACAGGGGUUGCUGCCGGCUGGGCCGGUGUGUUGGACAUGAUUUUAACACCUGCUAAAGUCAGCCAGGUGGACGCAGGCUGGAUCGGCUUCUGGUCCAUAGUUGGAGGCUGUGUGUUUGGUGUGGCCAUGGCCAGGUUUGCUGACUAUAUUCGAGGAAUGCUGAAGCUGAUUUUGGUGCUGAUGUUUGCCGGCGCAUCCUUGGCGGCCACCUGGUUCACGCUCACCUGCCUGACCAGGCUCACUCACCUGCCCUCCACGAAAGCCACACUGUACACCUCCUGCAUCCUGGUUGGCAUCUUCAUCAACAGCAGUGUGCCCAUCUUCUUGGAGCUGUUCAUUGAGACGGUUUACCCUGUACCCGAGGGCAUCACCUGCGGGGUGGUCACUUUCCUCAGCAACCUCUUCACUGGGCUUCUGCUGUUUUGCCUCACUUUUUACUUCACAGAGCUGUCCUGGUUGAACUGGUGUCUGACAGGAUCCUGCAUCUUCAGUCUCCUGCUCCUCCUCCUCUUCAGGGAAUCUUACGACCGCCUCUAUUUGGAUGUCUUUGUCUCUGUCUGAGCACCGAAAGAGGGUUUUUUUUUUCCAAGAAGAAGAAGAAAACUGAAGUGCUUGUUUCCUAUAUGGGCACUAUAUUCCAGCAGAGUGCAGAGAAAGGGCACACAGCUUGACGCUCACUUUUAUGGAUCUCUGUUUUUUUUGGGGUUUUUUUUGGUUUUAUAAGAUGUAAUUGUGAAAUAUACGACCAGCAGUGGUGCGUUGUGUUAGCAUCAUAACUUAACAGUGGGAACCCGAGAUCUAACUAAAGAGGAUAGACAUAUAGAUAUUGACCUUUCUACUUGACCUUCUGGAUGCAUCCCUUUUUUUGUGUACUUUUUAUUAUUAGCAUUUUUUAAAAGUGAUCUGUGGAACUUUUGUGUUUACAUAAUGGCACAAAAUAAGGGACUUCCAUUGCAUAGAGAUACAGGCACAAUUUGCAGUGAUGGCGACUCAAGUGCUCUCACCACAUGUAAUGGUAGCGUAAUGGAUAAUUAUAGACAAGCUCAAUUAGCUGUCUGGCGGCUGUCUGCAGACCGGGGACCUCUUAGGGCUGUAGUGUCACUUGUGAACAGCCUGUGGGAUCCAAGCUUUAAUUGACCUGUGAUAGGUCUGUCAAUAAGUGGCAUGUGCCGUGCUCCUCCAGUCUUCUCGUUUUCCUUGUCAGCCCAUAUUAUGCAAAGGAUAAUUCACUCGUGGCUGUGAAAAGUUUUCCCAAGGUGUCUGUGGUCAUCGUUUACAUGACGAGGGAUCUGUUUUAUUAAACGUUCGUCGUCUUCUCGUGUGACGGCCUAGUUUGUAGCUGUAGCAUGCGCACAUUGGGUGAGCCUUUUACCCGUUUUAUAGACUUUUAUGCAAGCGGUCAUGUUUUAAAUGUGAUUUAAUAACUAAUUUUAGGGAUUAAUACACUAAUGUUGUCAAAAGGGAUUGUUUUGGUUAAUUUAGGUUUGAAUACUGUUGCAGAAGAGCGCUUAAACGUGGACUUGCUGGACCGAUACAACACUUCGCCAGCAAUAAAAAGCCAUGUUCGGUAGCCUUUCGUGAUUUGUGGCGUAACCUCAUGCAACGUCGAGUGCAAUACUUCCUCUCCCCUCUGAACAUAUGAACCCCCGGUGUUUUUCUCCACCUGCAUUUUCACUAUAAAAAUGGAGCCCAUCUGGACUGCAUUAGUUGCAUGCGACUUUGCUGUGAAAAUCAAAAUUUGCCAGCUUGAGACGUAUACAAAUCUCAGACUGCUGUUGGAUUUAGGGGUGAUUUGAUUGACGGUUAUUGGUGGAAAUCAGAAGCUUAAUGUUUGAUGCAGACGGUUCUGUUCUCCUGCAUGCAAAUCACUUUUGUCUGUACAGAACGGCUCUCUCUUUUUAGCUGUGGUUAACAUUCGUUGCCUUAAUUAACAGUGACCUUUGUUGUGUCCUCCUGUUCACUGUGAUGUGCUUGUGCCCUGUUCUGUCACUGUAAUGUUAACGGUGAGAGGCACUGCAGGGGCGACGUGGCCCUGUCCAUGUGUCAAUACAUGUCAAAGAUUUUUAGCACCUUAUUAAAAAAGAUGUUUUUAAAA